GUGGAGCUGGAGCAAGCGCAGCCUGGUUCCUUCAACCUCGUCCCCGCCACCCGCAGCCUCCUCCCCGCCACCACCACCGCCGCCGCCGCCGCCGCCGCCGCCGCCGCCCCCGGGGCAUGGCCUGUCUGAUGGCCGCUUUCUCGGUCGGCACCGCCAUGAAUGCCAGCAGCUACUCUGCAGCCAUGACGGAGCCCAAGUCCGUGUGCGUGUCGGUGGACGAGGUCGUGUCCAGCAACGUGGAUGACGUUGAGACAGACCUGCUGAAUGGGCACCUGAAGAAGGUGGACAACAACUUCACAGAGGCCCAGCGCUUUUCCUCGUUGCCUCGGAGGGCAGCUGUGAACAUUGAAUUCAAGGACCUUUCCUACUCCGUUCCUGAGGGGCCCUGGUGGAGGAAGAAAGGAUACAAGACCCUUUUGAAAGGGAUCUCUGGGAAAUUCAACAGUGGAGAGCUGGUGGCCAUCAUGGGUCCUUCUGGAGCUGGGAAGUCCACGCUCAUGAACAUUCUGGCGGGAUACAGAGAGACUGGCAUGAAGGGGUCAGUCCUCAUCAAUGGCAUGCCCCGGGACCUGCGCUGCUUCCGGAAGGUGUCGUGCUACAUCAUGCAGGAUGACAUGUUGCUUCCUCACCUCACUGUCCAGGAGGCCAUGAUGGUAUCUGCACAUCUGAAGCUGCAGGAGAAGGAUGAAGGCAGGCGGGAGAUGGUCAAGGAGAUCCUGACGGCGCUGGGCUUGCUGCCCUGUGCCAAUACACGGACAGGGAGCCUCUCAGGAGGCCAGCGGAAGCGCCUGGCCAUCGCACUCGAGCUGGUCAAUAACCCUCCUGUCAUGUUCUUUGAUGAGCCCACCAGUGGCCUGGACAGCGCCUCCUGCUUCCAGGUGGUGUCCCUGAUGAAAGGGUUGGCCCAGGGCGGCCGGUCCAUCGUCUGCACCAUCCACCAGCCCAGCGCCAAGCUCUUUGAGCUCUUUGACCAGCUUUACGUCCUGAGUCAAGGACAGUGCGUAUACCGGGGAAAGGUCUCGAAUCUUGUGCCGUAUUUGAGGGAUUUGGGUCUGAACUGCCCUACCUACCACAACCCUGCAGACUUUGUCAUGGAAGUGGCAUCAGGCGAGUACGGUGAUCAGAACAGCCGCCUGGUGAGAGCCGUGCGGGAGGGCAUGUGUGACUCUGACUACAAGAGAGAUCUCGGGGGCGACACAGACGUGAACCCAUUUCUUUGGCACCGGCCUGCUGAGGAGGACUCUGCCUCCAUGGAGGGCUGUCACAGCUUCUCGGCCAGCUGCCUCACCCAAUUCUGCAUCCUCUUCAAGAGGACCUUCCUCAGUAUCAUGCGGGACUCGGUGCUGACACACCUGAGAAUCACCUCUCACAUCGGGAUCGGCCUCCUCAUUGGCCUGCUGUACCUGGGGAUCGGGAACGAAGCCAAGAAGGUCCUGAGCAACUCCGGCUUCCUGUUCUUCUCCAUGCUCUUCCUCAUGUUUGCCGCCCUCAUGCCCACUGUUCUGACCUUUCCCUUGGAGAUGAGUGUCUUCCUCCGAGAGCACCUGAACUACUGGUACAGCCUGAAGGCCUACUACCUGGCCAAGACCAUGGCUGACGUCCCCUUCCAGAUCAUGUUCCCUGUGGCCUACUGCAGCAUCGUGUACUGGAUGACAUCGCAGCCGUCGGACGCCGUGCGAUUUGUGCUGUUUGCCGCCCUUGGCACCAUGACCUCGCUGGUGGCCCAGUCCUUAGGCCUGCUGAUUGGAGCAGCCUCCACAUCUCUCCAGGUCGCAACGUUUGUGGGUCCGGUGACUGCCAUUCCUGUCCUGCUCUUCUCGGGAUUCUUUGUCAGUUUUGACACAAUCCCAGCCUACCUGCAGUGGAUGUCCUAUAUCUCCUACGUCAGAUACGGCUUUGAGGGAGUCAUCCUCUCCAUCUAUGGCUUGGACCGGGAGGAUCUGCACUGCGACAUUGCAGAGACGUGCCACUUCCAGAAGUCAGAGGCCAUCCUGCGGGAGCUGGAUGUGGAGAACGCCAAGCUGUACCUGGACUUCAUCGUCUUAGGCAUCUUCUUCGUCUCCCUGCGGCUCAUUGCCUAUUUUGUCCUGAGAUACAAAAUCCGGGCCGAGAGGUAAAACACCUGCAGGCCCGCAAGGAGGCAAGGCAGACAUUGUGACCACGGGCCCUGCUGGGAAGCAGCAGAGGACCAGCGCCUGGUGACACAGACUCUCCCAACCUAACCUGGAGGCCACGCAGGUCGAUGGUGACCCGUGCCCAGCGCCUCUGCCCACCGGGUUGGAACUGUUUGUUUCCUUUUCUAGCUUUAACUAGGAAGAUGUAGGGCAGUCGGGGGUUUUUUACACGCAGGAUUUAAAACACGGCUGGCACAGAGUGUCAUCCUGUGGUCUAGCUGGGGACAAGAGGCUUCCUCAGUAGAUUCCCCCCGGAGUCCAGGACACAUUGGCCCUGGAUGAGGAGUGUUGGCCAUGUUGGUCCCCAGAGAGGCGGAUUAUCUUGGGGAAAGUCCACACACGUGGGAGUCCGUUUGAUGACUGUCGUUUCUUAUGGUUUCAUCUUUCGUCUCCUUUCUGAUGAAGUCACUUUCCGAGCCAAAGGCGAUAAAUUUCAUUCGUUUUGAGAGAUUGUAUCUUUUCAGUACUUCUUGAGGACUGAUUCAGGGUGUGAAAGGUGUGUUUUGCUUAGAAAUAGAAGAGUCCCACCUAACCAUCAAGUGCGGCUCACGGACACAACCACAGACGGUCAGACGUGGGUUCCAGGCGAGGGAGACAACCGCACCAGCUGCACUGGGCUGGCAGGGACUAAGAGUGAUGCCAACAGUGCUGAGGGGGAUGCUAGCAGGCUCCUUCCAGGCCUUUCUUUCUCAUACGUUCCUAUUUUAAGCAAAAUAGAUGAUGUCUUCCUAUAUUUCUGGCCACUUUCAUUUUGCCCAAGAAAUACGUAGAUCAACUUUGUUGAUUUUUUAAGAGCAUUUCCCCUUUCUUCAUGAAUCACGUUAACUACCUCCACUGAGCCUGGGAAACCGGCCUGGGGACACAUUGGGUGUGUCCCUCGAAAUGCAGGGGGCAGACAAGGGGACAUUGUUGAGGUUGAGGAAAACGCAGCUGCUUGCUUCUAGAGCACGGCCAUCCUGGAUUGGAGUCUCCUGCAAAAGCCUAUAUUUUUAUGGGUAGGUCCGUUCACCCUUGUGAGUCCCAGUUUCCACACCUGUAAGUAAUUGCACUAGAUGAUGUUCUGGCUGGUCCUGAGAUUCCUCGGUUGUGGCCUUGAAGUUUUCAUAUCUUACUUGUGGAGGAUGAUAAGGUUCCGAAUUUUACUUAAACGCAUGGAUGUGCUUUGGAAAAUAUCUAGAGAUUCUUUUUAUUUUUUUUCACUCCUAGAUCUUUUAUAGAGAACACAAUUGAAGUGCAUAUUACAAUGUAAUUUUCAGUUUGCUUAUUCUAUACAAACAUGGCAUUGCCUUCUAGAUUCAGCUUUUAACCAGGGACACGAUCCGCCUUUAUAAAAGUCUUCAUUUAAAAAACAAAGUCUUCAUUUAAUUUCGUUUAAUUUCAAGAUGCUAGGCAUCGUAUUGCACCCAGAUCCAGAGAGGAACUGUGUGCAGUCGGCUGGAGAAGUGUGAGUUAAAAGGGAGCUGGGUGGUCAGAUCUUAGACAUGUUGAGGUCAGUGCCAAAGAACCCAUUCCUCCUGUGUCUCCACUUACGGGUUAGUGAUAAUGGAUUAUGCUUGGCAGGAUGUGCCAGGGGCUGCGUUUCUCCUCUGAGACUGCUCUGCUGUCAAUCAAAGAGGCAGAGGCAGUGGUCCAUGUUUCAUAUCUGGAAGAGUGCCUCCCCCUCCGGAGGAGUUCUUUCCUGUCCAGGCCACUGUGAGCAGCUUGUCACCACCCCUGAGUAAGUGAGGGUGUGAUGAGGUCCUUCCACAGGGCAGAAUCUGAGCUCAUGACACCAGAGCUGGUCCACGGCUGACGGGCGAGGUGACAAGGGCAGUGCAAGGACAUUGACCAGACAGACAAGGGGUCAGAAGUCACUCCAGAGGCCAGCACUGCUCAGUUGUUCUGCAGACCCGGGGAAGGCUAACAGCCAUACUACAUCCUUGUCCCUCGUCCAGUGUUCACAGGUGCCCGGGUGUGUGGCUCUGCUUACCACCAUACAUAGCCUGGAUUCCAGAACCGCAGUCUGGAUUUCUAGGUCAUUCCCUCUUCUUCCUCUUCCUGUUUGUCUCCGUCUUGGCAGGAGGCAUCCGGCCGUGUGUGCCUUUCCUGACUCUGAUGUUAAAUCAGACUUCCCUUGCAGUUGGGUUCCAUGUGACUCUAAGGACCCAGGCCUUCCUUUUAUCUCCAGCUGAGUUCCUUCAAUUGAGAGGAAGGAUUCCAUCGGGUAGAGGCUACACCACCUCCUCAUGCUAGCAGAGUAAAAAAACGAAAGUCCAAAGACAGCAUUUGCAGGGACCUCAUCUGAGAGUGAGGACUGUGGGGCCCUGCCAGGCCAGGUUGAGAAAGGCUGGGUGCAAGGGUGUGGCUGCUAUCCUCUGUCCAGCCCCCCUCCUUUGUCCAUCCUGUCCCACCUCCUCCCCCAGCCUCUCCUGCUUCCUCUUCUGCCCCUGGUCAAGAGAGAGUUGAACUCUCCAGGGGUUCUUCCAGGGAGGGGAUGAGUCCCUGAGCACUGCUUGUAGUAGAUGCAACAAUCUUCCUUACUCACGGGGUGUAGGGAGGGCACCAUCAGGACCAGAGAAUGCAACAUACAGCUUUUUGGUAAAAGCCUAUCUUAGAAGCCCAGAGAAAGGUCAUUUUAUCAGCCAGGGACAGACAACAGAGGCGGGGGAGACACCUCUGGGUGUGUCUGUGAGAAAAACAGUGGAGGUGAGCAGCUAGGUAUGUCUGGCCCUGUGCAGCCUCUUCUGGCUUCUUCGUCUUGUAUCCGUCCGCCAAGCCUUCGCUGAUCUGCUUUCCCUGUGUCGCUUCAAGCCCUGGGAAGGGACCUUGUCCUAGUGGGCAGCUGCUUCACUCUCCUUCUCCAUGGAGCACUGAGGCGGGGAGGGGCUGGCAAGGUGCUGAGGGGCAUCAGAGCCCACGUCGUCAGACAUCAGAGUCCCCGUUGUCUGGCUUUUCCAGCUGCCGUUGUCCAAACAGUGCAGACAGACCGGAAGUGCUUAGACGUCAGUGCAACACUAGUGGCUGUCUGCUGGGUCACUCGCUCUACAAGAGGCCAGUCUACUCUUUGUCUAAGGGACUUACAUCCAAGUGCCCACAAUGACUGUCACUAGCCCACCCGGGGGCCCUGCCUCACCUGUGUCUUAGUGGAGGUAGUCCUGUUCUUUCCUGUCUGAGCUUCCCAAGGCACAGUAGUGGGCCACUUCAGGUCAGAGACACUGGUGGCCAUGUGCUUGUGCUUGAGUGUCUAUACAUGAAUUUGCACACACACUCACGUGCAAGCUCAUAUGUGCACACGUGCAGGCCCACUCCCACACAUGCUGGAUCAUGUUAUUCUGUGUCUCUCCCUUGUGUCAGUAACACACCAACCUCCAGGCGCUUCCCCACCACCUUUACUCCAAGGAGGAACAACAAAAUUCAUCUGUGCCUGUGGUGCCGGAGAUGAAAGUCUGAUGGAAAAAUCCAUCGAGGCUACUGAUGAGAAUGUGACGGAAAGGCAGAACCCAGCCGGGGAGCUCGACUGUGGACUGUGUCAAUAUAAAGACUGCAAAUAAAAUAUUUUGUAUAAAAUUUU